UUGCCGUCUCCCCAGCAGCUGCACUGCCCCCACUGCUCUCCCCUCGCAGCCACAGGUCUCAGCAGCAGCAAGCAUGGAUAUUACCAUCCAGCACCCCUGGUUCAAGCGUGCUCUGGGACCCCUCAUUCCAAGCCGUUUGUUUGACCAGUUUUUUGGAGAGGGUCUCCUCGAGUAUGAUCUCCUGCCUUGGUUCUCUUCCACUAUCAGCCCCUACUACAGGCAGUCCCUCUUCCGCAGUGUGCUGGAGUCAGGCAUUUCAGAGGUGAGGUCUGACCGGGACAAGUUUACAAUCAUGCUGGAUGUAAAACACUUCUCUCCUGAAGACCUGAGUGUGAAGAUUAUCGAUGACUUUGUGGAAAUCCAUGGCAAGCACAGUGAAAGACAGGAUGACCACGGCUACAUCUCCCGUGAAUUUCACCGCCGGUACCGCCUGCCCGCCAACGUGGACCAGGCUGCCAUCACCUGCUCCCUGUCCAACGACGGCAUGCUGACCUUCUCGGGCCCCAAGGUCCCCUCCAACAUGGACGCCACCCAUGGCGAGAGGCCCAUCCCUGUGUCCCGGGAGGAGAAGCCCACCUCCGCGCCUUCCUCCUAAGCCCGCCUGCUGCUGCGGUACGCAGCCUGCCACCGUCUGCAGGUCUCAUUCCCAGAGCCAUUGCAGAGAUAUCAGUGAAUAUCUAGAGGGGUCUCUUUCUUUGGUUCCCCCCCCCUUCCCUCUCUUUGUUUCUUUUUUUUCCCCCCCCUUUCCCUUGGACGGGGCGAGGGGCUGGGUGAGUGGCUGGUGGACUUUGAAGCUUAAACCUG